AUGGAGUCCUUACCGCAGUUUUUUGCCUUUCUCCGAUCAAACGAUAAUAAGAUUAGAGGAAAAUGUAAAAUUUGUACAAGAACAUAUAUAGACCAAAAAGGUUCUACUGGUAAUUUUCGUAAACAUUUGAGACGACGUCAUGCUAAAGAAUAUGAACAGAACUUGAAAAGUACAGCAAAUAGUCAAUCCGAAUUGGAGAAUGACACUGAUAAUCAAAAUAUGACGUAUAAACAGGAAGAAAUAAACGAAGCUAUAACCACGAAUCUGAUUAUCAAAUGUAAUUUACCAGCAGCUAUAGUUAAACAUCAAGGUUUUCGAAACUUUAUGAGUUUACUAGCACCAAAAUGGAAGCCAACAUCAACGAGAAAUAUCAAACAAAAAAUGAUACCAGCUUUGUUGUUGACCGUACAAAAGUGUAUCAUGGAUGUCCGGAUUGAUCGAUGUGGACGAGCGUUUAUGGGCAUAACGGGUCAUUAUAUAGACAGUGUUUAUAAACCUCAAGCUUUAUUACUUGAUAUUGUUCGACUGAAAGGAUCACACUCAGCUGAAGAUAUUCGAAAUACGACGGAGCAAAUACUUGAUCGCCUUAGUAUCAAUGACAAAGUUUAUAAAAUCAUUACUGAUAAUGGUUCAUCAAUGAUUAAAGCAUAUAAAUUUGGUCUAUCUGUGAGCGAUCAGGAUUUCGAAGAUGAGGAGGCGAACGAUGAAGACUCAAUGGAUGUUGAUGAGCAGAUAGGUUAUCAGGAAUCAACAAUCUCAUGGAAAUUAAUUGAUUGCCAUGAUGGAGAAGAAGAUGGUGUGGAUUACGAACAAGGGAAACGAUUAUCAUGCUUUGCACAUACCCUACAAUUAGCUAUACGAGACGGAUUGAGAAACACAACGAUCAAACAGCUUGACAAAUCCACUAACAAACGUUUUUGUGGCAUCACCGAAAGGCUCACACAAAAGCCAAUUCAACCUGACGCUCCAUUCUGUGAUCCUGCUUAUUUCGUGGCUACAGUGCUCGAUCCCCAUUUUAAACUUUUUUGGCUUCGACAGAUGAAAUACAAACCGACUGACGAGUCAAAAAUGAAACAGUCGUUAAUUCAAUUAGUGUUAGAUGAAUGUGAGCGGGAAACAGCUCAUUUUCAGUCGAAUUUCGCAUCUGUCGCAACACAAUCUAAAGGUACAAAAACAAUUAAGAAAAGCAAACUUUUUCACUACAUCAAUACUCCUCCGUCUGAUACUACUCAAGCGCUAGAUCCCGCUGCAGAACUUACUGCUUAUUUAACAGAUCCGAUACAAUCGCAAUUUUUACCGUUUUGGUCAAAAACGUCAUUGCCUGUGCUAAAACGAGUAGUUAUACGCGUUCUCUCAAUUCAAGCUUCAUCCGCACUCAUAGAACGAGUUUUUAGUCAAGCAGGACUGAUAAUGUCACCUCGUCGAACGUCAAUGCGCGAAGAUUUAUUUAGAAGUCUAGCUUUUUUACGGGCAAAUCAACAUAUCUUAUAA